AUGCGAUUCUCGUUGUCGCUGGCGGCCCUCUUGGGCGCCGGUGCCGCUCACGCCGAUUUCCUCGUCAGCGAGCUCAGUUUUGGAUAUGCAGGGCGGAUAAGCCCGGCCGACAACCCAGGCCACAUCCCCAACUUCGCCGUCUCUGGCCAGCCCGGCAUGCCAGAGAUCCUCUCCAGCAAGGUCGUCCUCACGCCCGUCGCGCCAGGCAAUGCGCGCGGCGCCAUCUGGAGCGAGAACCCUCUGGUCCACGACAACUGGAUCAUCGACGUCGACUUUCGCGCCAGCGGCCCCGACAGGGCGGGCGGCAACCUCAACAUCUGGGUGGCCCGCGAUGGCAAGAACCUGCGCACCCGCAGCGUCUACAACGCCGGCCGCUUCGACGGCUUGGUGCUGGUCGUUGACUCGCACGGCGGCCAGGGCGGCAUGUUGCGCGGCUUCCUCAACGACGGCUCGACCGACUACUCGCAGCACCACAAUGUCGACUCGCUGGCGUUUGGCCACUGCCAGUUCAGCUACCGCAACCUGGGCCGGCCGGCGCAGGUCAAGUUGCGCCAGAGGGGCGACGGCUUCCGGGUCCAGAUUGACGGCAAGACGUGCUUUGAGACGAACAAGGUCAGCUUGCCAAAGGGCAACUUUGUGGGCGUCACUGCGUCUACGCCAGACAGCCCCGACUCGUUUGAGGUCUUCAAGGUGGUUGUCACGUCAGACACUUCCAGCCACGACCUCAAGGACGGUAGCAGCAACAAUAACAACAAUAAUAAUAACAACAACAACGGCAACAACGGCAACAACGGCAACAACAACGAUGCCACCGGCAAUGCCAACGGCGGCACCCAGUUCGCCUACAACCGCCAGCAGCAAGUGCCCACCAACAGCCAAGACUUCCAAGAGGUCGCCGACCAAGACGCAGACAUCUUCCAGACCUCCAAAGCCCAGUUCCAGGACCUGCACAACCGCCUCCAGGGCACCAACCACCAGCUCUCCUCCGUCUACCGCUCCGUCUCGCGCCACCACCAGAUGGACGAGCAGCGCCACAGCGAGGUCCAGGACCUCUUCGCCGCCGUCAACUCCAAGCUCGCCCUGCUCGACCAGCUGGCCACCUUUCAGCAGCGCAUCGUCGCCCUCGAGAACGAGGUCCGCAACUUGAACACGGAGCUGCACGAGAGGCUGAGCUCCACCGAGAGGUCGGUCCAUGGCGCGCUGCGGACGCAUCACAUGUCGCUCACCGCGAGGGUCACGGAGAAUAUCCCCGGCCAUGGAAAGCUGAUUGCCGUCAUUAUCGGGACGCAGCUUGUUCUAGUGGGCGCAUAUGUGGUGUACAAGAGACGGAGGGCAAACUCACCGAAAAAGUACCUCUGA